AUGCUCAGACCACUUUGCAUUGGUGCUUUUUUUGCAUUGUACACGGUGACCGCUCAUAUUGUUGUUGUCAGUUGUCCGCCGGGUUGGCUUCUAGAUGUCAGGUUUAAGAGCUGUUAUAAGGUGAUCAUUGGUGGAUUCACCUUUACACAGGGUGUCUCUAAAUGCAAGGAAAUCAACGGAACGCUUGCCUCGAUUCACUCUUACGAAGAAGACAUGUUGAUUAAUGAAAUCUCUUGUCAGCACAAAGCGAUUGGAAAUGGCCAGACGUUGAUUGGUGGACAGAGGACGGGAUCAAACCCAGGGGACUGGAAAUGGAUUGACAAUACCCCAUGGGAUUACACCAAUUGGGUGCCUGUCGGCCCGAAUAAUGAUGGCGGGCAGAGUUGUAUACAAGUGCUCAGCUCUCCCUUUGGCCUCAACGUCCCGUGGUGGUAUCAAUACCAGAAAUGGGAUGAUCUCCAGUGUACUUUCAGCUUUCAAACGGCAAUCUGCAAACGGCCAUACAUCAUUGGAACUCCAACCACCAAAGCUACAACCAAGUCUCAAACAACUAAGGCUUCAAUGUCAACAGUGCCAUCAAUUUAUCCCGGAAUGCCUUGUCAACAACAAGCUGGUGCUGCUAACUAUCGAGCUGAUCCAACUUCUUGUAAUUAUUUCUACCAGUGUGCUCCCGCUGGCUGGACCCGUAUGCCUUGUGGUCCUGGUACUGUAUGGAAUCCGAAUCUCACUGUUUGUGAUUGGCCCUACAAUGUCCCGGGCUGUGAAAAUAGCGGA